UUUUCCGCAUUCCCCAACUGCCUGCGAGCUUCAGGGCCAAGCACACGGCGAAACGGCAUUUAUGUUCCAGGCUUUCCAGGAUCAGGGCAGGGACACAUCCGCGAGAUACACAGCUUUUCCUGGGAACGUCUUACCUGGAAGCCGAGCAGUGAACCUGGGCGAGGAAGCGCUGUGUUGUUGAGGCUGCCGUGUCGAUGGUCCAGCUUUGAAGAGUUUGGAGGAUCAUGAACCACUUGAAGCUCCAUAUUAAGUAGUUGGCAGUAGGCAAACCUAUAACCAAGGUGACCAGUGUGAACCAAAGGAACAUGGCUGUCUUCAAACCUGAGAAUGUGGAAGACUUCUAUGAGAUUGGGGAAGUUCUGGGAAGUGGGCAUUUUGGCCAGGUUCGCCAGGUUCGGGAGCGGACCUCUGGGAACUUUUGGGCAGGCAAAUUCCUGAAGAUUCGGAAGGUUGCAUGCAGCCGUCUUGGCCUGGACAGGAGCAGCGUGGAGCGAGAGGUGGAGAUCCUCCAGGCUGUCCAACAUCCAAACAUUGUGGCUCUUAAAGAUGUUUUUGAAAGUCGCGCUGAAGUGGUGCUCAUUCUGGAGCUUGUCAGUGGAGGGGAGCUGUUUGACUUCAUUGCUGAGAAAGAGACCCUGUUGGAAACUGAGGCCAUUGAAUUCAUGAAGCAGAUACUGAAGGGUCUGAAAUUCAUACACUGCAAAAACAUUGCCCACUUUGACCUCAAGCCAGAAAAUAUCAUGCUGUCAGACAAAGUGUCAAAACCUCCCAACAUCAAACUCAUAGACUUUGGCCUGGCUCACUUGUUUCAUCCGGGAGAGGAGUACAAGAGCACAAGUGGUACUCCACAGUACAUUGCCCCUGAGGUCAUCAACUGCCAGCCUCUGAGUACAGCAGCAGAUAUGUGGAGCAUUGGAGUCAUUACCUACAUAUUAUUGAGUGGUUUGUCACCAUUCCAAGGCGACAAUGAUGAAGAGACUCUGGGAAACGUCAUCGCCAUGAAAUAUGAGUUUAAUGAGCACUACUUCAGCCUGACGAGCCCCAUGGCGAAAGAUUUCAUCCAGAAACUGUUGAUGAAGAAUCCAGAAGACAGAAUGACAGCUGAGGAGUGUCUGCUUCAUCCAUGGAUUAAGCCCAUCACACCCAAACAGAUUGCCAAAAGAAAUCGAUCCUCAAUUAAUAUGAAGAACUUUAAGAAGUUCAAUGCCCGAAGGAAGUGGAAGGUGAGUCUUUUUUUAUGUUAA